GGUCGGCGGAAGUGACGUUAUUGGAGGCAAAUAGGGCUGUGCUUACUUCUGUGGCAAUAUGGCUGCGGCCAGUUUCGGCGUUCUUUGCAGAAAAGUCUUAACCGGCCUGAAGGUUUCCAGGUCACUUUUAAGUCCUCAGGCCCUAGCUAGCACAGGUUGCAGGUUUUCUCUUAGUCUUUUGCCUAAGAACAUACCAAAUGUCACAUCUUUUCACCAGUGUAGAUUACUUCAUACCACAUUGUCAAUGAAAGGACUGGAAGAAUUUUUUGAUGACCCAAAGAAUUGGGGGGAAGAAAAAGUGAAAUCUGGAGCUUCAUGGACCUGUCAGCAAUUAAGGAAUAAAAGUAAUGAAGAUUUACAUAAACUUUGGUAUGUCCUACUGAAAGAAAGAAACAUGCUCCUAACUCUAGAGCAGGAGGCCAAGCGGCAGAGUUUGCCAAUGCCAAGUCCGGAGCGGUUAGAAAAGGUAAUAGAUUCCAUGGAUGCAUUAGAUAAAGUUGUCCAGGAAAGAGAAGAUGCCCUAAGACUUCUUCAGACUGGUCAAGAAAAAGCUAGACCUGGUGCUUGGAGAAGAGACAUCUUUGGAAGAAUCAUCUGGCACAAAUUUAAGCAGUGGCCUAUACCUUGGUACCUAAAUAAAAGAUACAAUAGGAAACGAUUCUUUGCAAUGCCCUACGUGGAACGUUUUGUCAGAUUGAGACUUGAGAAACGAGCCCGCAUUGAAGCAAGAAAGAAAAGUUUAGAGAAAAAGAAAGAAAAAUUUCUUCAGAAAAAGUUUCCACAUCUUUCUGAAGCCCAGAAAUCAAGUCUUAUCUAAAAUUUCGCUGGAGAUCCUUCACGAACGGCUUCCUGAGUACCAAGAGCAUGUGCUAGGUUAAUAGAGUUCACAACAUGGGGGUGGGGAGUUGGAAAUAAAUCCCAAAGAGAAAAUUCAAGCAUCACUUACUUUUGAUGCAAUCAUAUAUGGAGGAAUCAGUUCUAUAUUCAUUUCUUGGAAGAGUUCUCUGCAUUGCAUAGUAAUGAAGUCUCCAGCAAGAGGGGAUUUCACAAUGCCUAUGAAAACAGAUUAAACAAGGCUAAGACAGCAUUAAAUCCAAGCUCCUUGGGACAAAUUCUUCUGUGUAUUUAUAUAUGAAUAAUUUUUUCAAGUAGAAUUAACUGAACUAUCCCUCUAAGCAUGAAUGAAGCCAUGCAUCAGUUUCAAAUAUACAUUAUAAAGAUGUUUUAAAAACUCUUAAUAAAGAGACAUUAUUUGGAAACUGA